CGCCAACACAACCACCUCAUCAUAAUCCCAUCAGUUGCCCUUAAAUAUCCUAACUUCAUCCCAUAAGAAGUCAUGGGGGGCAAAUCCGGCACCAAAGCUGUCUACUUCGACAAGCUCAAGGGCUUGCUCGAGGAGUACAAGUCCAUCUUUAUCGUCAGUGUCGACAAUGUCUCGUCGCAACAGAUGCACGAAAUCCGCCACAACCUGCGCGGCGAAGCCGUGGUUUUGAUGGGCAAGAACACCAUGGUCCGACGAGCUCUCAAGGGUUUCAUCGCCGACAGCCCGGAGUACGAACGUUUGCUGCCUCAUGUUAAGGGAAACGUUGGAUUCAUCUUCACUAAUGGUGACCUGAAGACCAUUCGUGACAAGAUCCUGUCGAACCGUGUCGCAGCUCCUGCCCGUGCUGGUGCCGUUGCUCCCGGAGAUGUGUACGUUCCAGCUGGAAACACUGGCAUGGAACCCGGCAAGACAUCUUUCUUCCAGGCCCUCGGUGUUCCCACCAAGAUUGCUCGUGGUACCAUUGAAAUCACGACUGAUCUCAAGCUGGUCGAGGCCGGCGCAAAAGUCGGUGCCUCAGAAGCCACCCUGCUCAACAUGUUGAACAUUUCCCCUUUCACCUACGGCAUGAAAGUGCAACAGGUGUAUGAGGAAGGACAAACCUUCUCGCCGGAUGUGUUGGACAUUGAGGAGAGUCAACUGCUGAAGUCACUUACAUCGGCGAUCACCACCAUCACCACCAUUUCCUUGGCCGCCAACUACCCGACUCUUCCUUCGGUCAUCCACAGCUUGAUCAAUGGCUACAAGAAAGCCAUCGCUGUUGCCAUUGAGAUUGACUACGAGUGGGAGGCAAUUCAUGAGCUCAAGGAUCGCAUCGCCAACCCUGACGCAUACGCUGCUGCUGCGCCGGCGGCUGCGGCCGUUACCGAGGAGGCUGCACCGGCGGCGGCCAAGGAAGAAGAAAAGGAAGAGGAGAAGGAAGAGUCUGACGACGAGGGCUUCGGUGGUCUGUUCGACUAAGCACCUCGAAAGUUGGCGGGUUUUAGCGCGAGCACAUGCAAAUGAAAUGCUUGAGGCGGCCACAGCUAGAGCAAUAGACGUGCAACAUAGGUGCAAUAGCAUGAUUGCCACACAAUACCGAUCAGAACUUUUCGCACCUGAUAAGCUGGACCAUGACUUCUCUGCUACGAGUAUCCUUGGGCUUGGUACCCACUCAAAAAAUACGGACACCGCGUUCAGCCUCGUGCCCAUUGCCAGCACACCUAGCAUCAAUACCGCGCCCAAUGGUCCAAAGUCUGUCUCGAAGCUCGGUAGUGUUCUCGUGUCUAUGUCGAGUCUUGAGGUUGUCUCGCCCUUUGCCUCUCUGUCCCUCCAUCUGUUCCAUCUCUCUCACAUUCCAUUGUCUUGAUCAGAAACUCGCUCGCUAGAUCCCUUAAAAACAUCCCAAAACGUGGCCAACAAAUUAGUCGCGACUCAGUGGAGCGCGCGUGGCGCAAUGACAAAUGCUAGGCGGCGAAUUGCUUUGGUUUUCUUUG